AUGGUUCCGGACACCAAACAUCGUGAUAUCAAUAUACGUGUUCAACUAGGUGCCUAUCUGUCAGGAAUUAGCCAUGCUGGUGUAGCUAAAAUAUUUGGGGCGAUGAAUGUACCUCCACCAGUACAAGAAGAUCACUAUGAAGAAAUUGAUAGAAGACUUUUAUUACCGUGUAUCGAAAAAUUUCAACAUCAAUCAAUGCAAGCUGCUAUUUAUGAAGCUGUUGAUGAGAACGAUGGUGAUCCAACAACCUUAACAGUUAGUGGAGAUGAAACAUGGCAAAGACGAGGCUUCAAAAGUAUCCAUGGACUAGCUGCUGUUUUAUCGUCCAACACAACACCAAAAGUACUCGAUGUUCAGCGUUUAUCAAAAAAAUGUGCGAUAUGCACUGGUGCAUUGAGUGUCAAAAAUACAGAUCUAAACUUAUAUGACGAAAUUAUCAAUAAUCAUGACUAUGAAUCAAAUUAUGAUGGUUCAUCUGGAGGUAUGGAACCACAAGGUAUUCACGACAUAUUUAAACGUUCGGUUCCAAAGUAUCAAGUUCAGUACACUCGCUAUAUUGGAGAUGGAGAUUCGUCGGUCAUGUGGAAUCUUACUCAACGUCCUCCAUAUCCAGGUAUCGAAAUUGAAAAAAUCGAAGGCAUCAAUCAUUGGUCAAAGAAAAUGUUAUAUCGGUUGGAAAAGUUGACUCAAGAGUUGAAAGAUACAAUGCUAGAUCCAGAAAAAAAACGAAAAGGAAUUGGUGGUAUUAAUCGAUUGACCAAGGGCACAAAAUAUGAUCAGCAGAAACACUCUUUACCAAAAUAUGUUAUGGAAGCUAUUAAAACUGUAUUUGAAGACCUGGCUUCUAAAGAAACUUUACAACAUGUACUUAAUGGAUCCAGCCAAAAUGCUAAUGAGUCAUUUCACUCAUUGUUAUGGUCUAUGGCUCCUAAGAACAGAUAUUGUAGUGGAACUAUUAUUGAUAGUGAAAUGGGUCAUUUUUCUUAUGUUGCUUUUGAUCGCAUAAAUAAACAACAUGUACAAAUAGAAGCACAAUGGAGGAAGAGACGAGAAAAACAAAUAGCCGGUGAUGAAGAUACUGACAAUGAUGAAGAUAAGAAUGAUGAUACAAUUGAAGAAUAUCACUCUGGCGCCUUUUGA